AAUAGUUCUCCGUCUGGGAUCACUCAAAUGUUCACUUACCUAAACGUUCCGGAUUCGCGCAAUACAUUUUGCAGUCUUGCUCUUUCUUUUAGUAGAGAUAUUCAUUAAGAGUAGACAGUAUAAUACUAGGCAGACGACUCGGGAUAAAUUCGCUCUUGUAGACGAUAAAGGGGAUGUCCCUCAUUGUGCGUAAUGCACAACGACUGGUCCCUCUUAGAAGAGCCCUGCUUCGUCAUCAUCUGGAGGCUGCCAGAAGUUUCCUGAAUGUACAAAACUUUGACCUUGGGGUGAUCUGUGUGAACAACAAAAGGAUCCAACAAAUUAACAGACUGUAUCGAGAGCAGGAUUCUGCCACAGAUGUUCUUUCUUUUCCCUUUCAUGAGGUUCCACAUCCUGGAGUUGUGCCCAUUCCUCAGUUUCGAGAUGAAUACAAUUUGGGUGAUAUUUACCUUGGAAUAGAAUUUAUAUAUCAACAAUGCCAUGAAAAUCAGGAGGAUUAUAGCAACAUCCUAACAGCUCUUCUAACGAUAUGGAAGAAACCAGCUUCAGAGUCACCUUGCAUUUGUGCAAAAAUUUAUGAAGCAGAACCAAAUUUAGAUCCCAUGGGAGAAUGUUUGAAACCAGGAAUACUGUAAUUCCAGAGUUUGGAAGGAUGACGGAACAUCAGGGGGAAGAAGGGCCAAUAUCUACCUAUCUUCCAUAAAUUAAUAGCUAGGGAAGUGCAGUACAGAGUCUUCCAACCACACUAUUUUUCAAAAAUUACCCAAAAUAUGACCACAAGUUUUUGGCAUUUUGCUCUGCAAACCAUAGCUUUGAAGAUCCUGAAUUACCAUGGAAUUGGUAACUGUAAUCCAUUGUAUGUAGUUUAAAUAGGAGUAGGUGCACUUUUCUAGGGGGGCAUGUCCGGACAGCGGCCAUCAUCAGACGCAAAGUUAGAAGCUCCAGAUAUUCAAAAAAGAUUCAGCUGAUUUUCUAAAUAACUUCAAAAAGUUCAGAACUCUAACAAACAAAAACUACAGCGUGAAACAUUACUGCAUCAAUCGACAAC